AUGGCAGAAAAGAGCGGCACCAGCGGUGUCGAAGGUUUCUCACGCGCGGGACCGCCUAGCAAAGCCGAUAUCAGUCUCGAAGAGGUUCUACAAGGCCAGAGGUGCUCGCCCCUUUCGCUUGCCGAGUUCGAAUCGUUUGCAAAACACCAGGAACACUCACUGGAGAACGUGCAAUUCUACUUUUGGCUCGAAAACUAUCGCCAGAGAUUCUUUGCUCAAGAUGCGGCCAUCCAGGCCAGCUGUCCAGCGCCUCCAAUGGAUUUCUACCGGCCAGCCUCUGUCCGUUAUGCGCGAUCAGUAGCGAGCAGCGUUCGUGAGCGCAAGAGGUUCUUCAACUCUGGCAAAGCCGGAUGGUGGAGGCUCAGACCUAAUAUGACCGCAAAGACCGAACGCGUCCGCCAGCAGAGUCACGGGCCUACAGAAGCGGCGGCAUUCAUUAAUUCGACUCUCAUAGAUGCCAGUCGACGCGAAGACCUCAGAGUAGAAUCAGAUACUGCAUCACUGGACGAGAAGACGGCCUCAGACGCGAUCGUAGCACCCGAAGAAGUACCGUAUUGUGAGCCAGAGGCAGCCUCUUCCUUGUCAAUGUCCAAAACGCGCACGGACCGCAUGCUAGAGCGAUACCAUGUCGAUCGGAAAGUCGGUCUGCCUUUCGCUAAAGAGGUCGGAGCCGUCGUGCACACGUUCUUUUUGCCGCAUUCGUCGAAGGAACUCAACCUCGAAUCGACUUCACGCGAAAAGAUCUUGCAUCUGCUGGCCUAUAACUCUGAAACACGUCAGUGCGAGGGCACAACUCAUCCUGAUGUCUUCCUUGCGGCAGCAGACGCAGUCUGGACUAUGAUGGAGGAUGUCACCCUCCCUAACUUCUUGCGGUUCGCCGAAACCAACACGAACGGACCGAAGAGCAAAUUUUGGUAUAUCAUUGGCGCCAUCGAUGUCGGCGUCGGCCUUCUCAUCUCACUACUGCUCCUCUUUCUCACUCAUGCGCGAUGGUGGCGAAUCUUUGGCUUUCCCUUCAUCCUCUUUGGCUCCAUGCAAAUCUACUCGGCAGCUCUCAAAUUCUGCAGCGUCGUCAACAGUCGGGGAGCGCGUCAGAUGUACCCGUGGGAGCUCGAAGCGUCUCAAGACGACGUGCCGGCUCGUCUGGACUCGCCCAAGGUCGAAGGCACAGGAACCGUGCCUCAAGGCCCCACCUCUGCAGCUAUUCACAACGUCGUCAGUCCCUGGGACGAGCCGUCGCCGGAUCUGAUUCACCAGUGUCCUUGGCUGGCUGAGUCCAUCGCAUCGCCGGUGGACGACUCCAGUCCAGCUUCUGCGAUGCCUGGCAAACCACGUGCACGACGCGGCAGUAACGUAGGCUCAGGCUCCAAAGUGCCUGUCUUUGGCCCGGAAAAGGCGCUCGAGGAUCCUUACGUGGCAGAACUGCACAGGCAGGUCAUGAAUCGUAUCUAUUGCGCUGGAGGUCUCGCUACCGCGGCCGUCGGCGCUGCACUGCUCGCUGUGCCCAUGCAAUGA